AUGAGCGACCAUGAAGGUGACGGCCUGGAUCUUGAGCGAUGGGAGGCAACAACCUUGCCGAGUGGCUCGGUAUACUCUUACGCCACGUCGGAAGCCGGGAAUCAAGCGCUUGUUCCAGGCGCGAACUCGUUCUACCCACCAGCGGGACCCCGUAACGGAUCUCGACGAGAACCGCCAGAUCGACUGUCAUCUCCGAGGGUCUUCGGGCGCCAUGCUGGAAGACACCCCAUUCGCUCCUUCAAGAGUCCCGCACAGCUUCAGUGCGAAGCUGGGAAUGAGCCGAAUGGCAUAUUCAACUUGGAUGACCCCUGGGGUAAAAUAAGGUCGAUGGCCUUGAAGAAUGCGCCGGUUCCACAUCCACAACAGCGAAUAAUGAACAUUAUGAACAAGCACGAAACAUACAUUCGCGAGCCGACUGAGAACGACGAACGUCUCUACAUCUGGGGCAAUACUAAACAGGUUGAUGGUACAAAGGCCGAGUUGUCAGACUGGGUACAGAGCGUCCGGUUGGCAUUCGCGAAUUCCAAGCCGUCCUCCCACUCGUGGACCAGGAUGCAUGCACUGGAUGGGAGGACCGAGCAUCGUCUAGAUCGGCAGAACAAGCAGAAGGCAUUGAAUCGCCAUCUACGGGACGUCUCUCUACCAUAUCCUUUCCAGGCUGCACUGCUGUGGCCCAAAGACAUGGAUAUUGAUGAGUUCCAAGAAGUCAACGAGGUCGCCCUCGAGGAGCUAAGAGACACAUACAUAUGUCACAUCGCUUUCCAGAAUACCGAUCCCCAACAUGUCAUCAUAGAAACAUACGCUGAGAAAGAGAUGCUGAAGCUCAUGAGCAGAAUUCUCAACCUCAUCAAAGAGACUGUGUCAAAGCGUGAGCAAGUUUCCACUGUGAGCAUGCUGCACCUCCCGGACUUUGAGAUUUACAGAGAUCGGGUCGGCCUCCAAGACAAAGACCCUCGUUCCGAUACAUAUCUCCCAACAUUGCAUGGCAACCUCGCUCCUAGUGAUGCUGACUACAAUGUCCAACGACUGAAAUCACACAGCAGCAAUCGAUUGAAGAUCAAGACUAUCCUGGAUAGUUCACUGAAGCGGCUGAGGAUGUCUCAGCAGCAUGUGCGCAUGAGAGUAGUGUUUGGCGAACUUGGAUUCACACUGUUCCAAAAGCCAGAAGGUGGGGCGGAGACUUACAGCUUUGAAGAAUUCAAGAAAAUGGUUACCAGGGGCCGGACAAAACUCAGCCUGAACAACCUGCCGGUCAGACAAGGCGAUAUCAAAGACUUGCCUGAUGUGCUUGACUCGAUGGAUGCAUUUUCUGACCGCACAGAAACAUACGGGGCUUUCUUUGACUUUGCCGGCAAGGGUUACACCACGCUUCGGCUCGACGCUUCAUUCGUUCCUAAUGCAAUGGGCGAAGUUGAUACUUUGGAGCAGCAGUGGCUUGAAAUUGGAGAGAAAGUCUCCAUGCUCCAAGUCAGUGUGUUAUGCUUUGAUCGUCCUGAUCUACAGAUUACGCUCGAUGCCUUCCCUUUAUACUCUAACGCGGCUUCAAAACCUGAAAUGGAGAAAUUUCGUCUGAACUUGUCAUAUGAACCACCAGCAAAUGGCAUCAAAGAUAUCCCUCGACGACGCGUCAAAUAUCCACAAGCAUUCAGCCAAAUUCGCAGAGUUCAUGAAUUGACAAUGGUCCGAUGGAGAUUCCGGCGGACGGACGGUAUCUUUGAGCUCCGUCGAAAAGAUAUCUAUGAUGACAGCACGAGACACCCAAGCCCAAGCCCAAUUGAAACACGUUGGCAUGCAUUGUACUACUAUCCCGAAUGGGACAACCUCAUGGGUCACUUCUCGACGAUCAAGCCAGGUGAAGACAUCACUUGGAGUAAAUCUGUUGCAACAUUCUUUCCCGAGAGUGACAGAUCGGGUAGUGCUCUACCGAAAGGAUUCAAGAAUUUCAUGACAGAGGUCGAAGAGAUUCAGGGUCUCCUGGGAGAGGCCAUAAGUAAAUUGGCGAAGGGUAAGAUGAAGGCAGAUAGCUCUCAUGGCGAUGAGCAAGCUAGGGAUGGCAUCUGA